AUGCGCCGCCGCGAGGACUUCGCGCGGCCGGGCGCCGCGCCUCGAGAGAGCGACGUCUUAGCGCUCCUCGGACUCGCCAGGCUGGGGAAGGAACACCGCGGCGGCGGCGACGGCGCGGGGACGACAGGGAGGACGCGCGAGCGGAGGGCGGCGGAUCUGGACGACGACGAGGACGCGAGCGCCGCGCAUCAUCGCUCGCGUCUGUACCUGCGGGAGAUGACGAAGCUCGCGACGCCGCCGAGGAAACCGUGCGCCGCGCGGACGGCGUCGUCGCGACCGGCGUCGGGGACCGAGGUGAACCGAGGGAAGGUCUCCGGCGCGGGCGGGUUCCGGAUGCGCGACCUCAUCAUGCGGGAUCCCGACUUUGGAGGGGAGCGGCGGGCGUGGGAGAGCGAGAGGGACUACGGGUCGCCGGCGGCGAAGAAUAGUCGCGGGUUUCGCGCGGUCGCGGCGAUCCCUGACGUCGGCGGGAAAGUGGACGACGCGAGGAUGACAUCGUCGAGAGGGGAUGGGAAGAAGACGAAGAAGAAGAAGAAGAAGGAGAAGAAGAGGAGGAGCGGAGGCGACGACGACUCCACCGGCGACGACGACGACGACGGCGUCGCGUUUUCGAAAAAGACGGCGAGGGAGCUGAAGCGACGACGCGCGAAGCGCGCGGAGUUGCUCGAGAUGCAGCUCGCGUACGCGCGGAAGAUGGAAGCGCGUCGCAUCGCGUCCGCGGCGUCGUCGCCCGCGGUCACCGCGCGCGAGCCGCCGCCGUCGCCGCCGCCGCGGUCGCCGCCGCGGGAACGAAGCGUCGAGUCGUCGUCGCCCCCGGAGGAGGCGCCGUCGCCGCGGCGCCGCUUCGAGCGGAGGCCGCCGGCGUCGUCGAGCUCUGUUCCCGCGUCGUUCGAUUUCGCCGACCGCGCGCACGACGCGAUAGAGGAAGCCGCGGUGCGCGAGACCGCGCUGCUGCACGACAUCGAUCGUCUGCUGUCGAUGAGAAUCGCGGCGGCGCCGACGCCGACCGCGGAGGACGACGGCGACGACGACGACGCGUCGGGCUCGGAGGACUCCGCGGGGCUGAGCCCGGACGAGUCCGCGAAACUGCGCGCGUGGGCGCGCGCGGACGAGCUCGAUUCAGACGAGCCUCGAACGCAGACGCAGCAGUCGCGGUAG